AUGCACAAACAAGAAUACAAGCACGACUUCGGCGACGGAACCGAUGAACCUGCCAGACCUGCAGCUCUUGAUCGCAAGCCAUACCGAGUUACGGAGUGGUCUGCAUCGCGUGUGCGAUCUCCUCCUAAAGAGGAUGACGAUGCAAAAGACGCUGACAACGGCGACGUGUACGAAGCAUGCUCGUUGAUCUUGCCUACGGGCACGGACGAGGCGCGGCCAACUUCAAUCCCGGGGAAGACGACUUCGGGAUCAAGUCGACGCCUUGAAAGCACGCAAUUCGUCGCCAAACAAACCGCCAGCAUCGCCGUCGAGAACAUGUCGUUCUGGGAACGCACGGCAAAGCGGAUGCGCAUGGAGAUGAUCAAAGCCACGCAUGAACAAGAACAAUUCCAGGAAACGUUACAUGAGCAGACCACGUUCAUCCAUCAAAUUCCUUCCUUGUACAUCUUCUGCGACGAUCACGAAGCUCCAUGCAGAUGGUGA